UAUACUCUACUCUCUCUUCUCUUCCUCAUCACUCUCAACUCACUCAUCUAUCAGCAACUGCUUACUUUUCAAUUUGAUUUAUUUUUCAAUUCUAGUGUUUGAAACUUUCAACUGUUGGAAAAAUAGUGACUUAUCCAACAUCAACUUUUGGAAAUAUUUUCAUAGCUCUUCUCAAAUUUUCAAACUUUUGAAUAUUGAAUUUUUUGGGUAGGGGUUGGGGGUGAGAUAGCUUCAUUAGAGACCUUGAAUUUCUUUCAAAACGAUGAUUCUGGCGCAUAAUGGAUGCACUCCAUUGAAGUGUCACCUCACUCUUGAUAAAAAUUAUAUUGUAUACAAAAGUUUUUAUUUUUGGAUUUUCCAGAUAUUUGAUAGGUAUAGUUUGGGUACUUAACAGUACCAGAAGUUCUGUUUACAUCUUUCCAACAUAUCUGGAAUCUGGAUUCACAUUUUUUUUUGGGUUUAUUUUUAAACUGAUAUUGGGAGAUACUAGAGCUUUCAAUAGCUUUGUUUAGUCAAUUUCACUUGCACAAAAAUUUAGAAUGGGAGGGUUGCCUCCAGGUUUUCGUUUUCAUCCAACUGAUGAAGAACUGCUAGGCUAUUACCUGAAUAGGAAAGUUGAGGGUCUUGAAAUUGAGCUUGAAGUUAUCCCUGAGAUUGAUUUCUACAAAUUUGAUCCUUGGGAGUUGCCUGAUAAAUCUUUCCUUCCAAGAAGAGAUUUGGACUGGUUCUUCUUCUGUCCGCGAGAUCGCAAGUACCCAAAUGGAUCAAGGACAAAUAGAGCUACCAAAGCUGGCUAUUGGAAAGCCACUGGAAAAGACAGGAAAGUUGUGUGCCACCCUAGUCCAUUCACUUCGCCCGUGACAGUGACCGGGUACCGGAAGACCCUUGUGUUUUAUCGCGGAAGGGCCCCCUUAGGGGAUCGAACGGAUUGGGUCAUGCAUGAGUAUCGCCUUUGUGAUGAUCCUGGCCAAGGUCCACAGGGUGCUUUUGCUUUGUGCCGAGUUAUGAAAAAGAAUGAGAAGGCCAAUGAGAAAGGUAAAGGCAGGGCUGGGAACAAUGGUAGUACCACCAAUGGGAAUGACACCUCAAUGAGAUUCUCCAACUCUGGUGACAUUUCCUCUCUUUCAAGUCCUAUUGAUUCUCCAAGCCAUAUGGCUCCGGUGUCCGGGUUUGAGCAAGCUUCAACGGACACCAAUUCUUCUAGCUUCUGGCUCUCUCCUGAUAUGAUUCUUGAUUCUUCAAAGGAAUACUCUCAAACACAAGAUGUUGUUGGAUACUUUUCACAGCAUGACUUAAUGAACACAACAACACCUUGUCAAUCAUUUGGACAUGCUGAAAUAUCACCGAGUUCAUCCUACUCUAAUUUUAAUGGGGAAACUGAAUUUUCUGAUGCUCUCAUGUCACCUUACUCUGGACAAGGAAUCUUCAUGGACUUGUGUGUAAAUGAAGAUAUGGCUUAUGAAUACUAUGACCAAAUUAAUUCAAUCAGUGAUCCAAAACAAUUCUGAAAAGAAAAAGAAGUGCAUAUGAGUUGGGAUCAAGCUCCAAUUUGCAGAAAAGGUGGCCAUGGGAGUCUAGGAGAGCUUAGUGGUCUGUGGUUGCAGGAAGACAAUUCAAAUGAUUGUGAACUUGUGACAUGAGGGGUUGGAAAAGAUGUCUGAGACAACUCCUUUUAAUGUAUGUCUUGGAGUGAUAAAAUAAUGAGUACAAUCCCCUUCAGAUGCACCACAGGCAGAAGCUACUCUCUUCUUCAAGUGCUUUAGACUAAGUUUAUCAUCUAUGGUGUUAUGUAGGAUUCAGGGUGACAUCACUUUUAUCGAUUUCACCUUAAGUUGGUUUGUAUUCAUUGUAUGUGUGGCUUUAUAAUCAAGGAGGACUUCUUAUAUAUGCUUGUCUAAUUUGUGGGACCA